UGAGUGGCUCAGAGGAUCAUUUGUGGCUCAGACAUGCAACAAGUUCCAAGAAACUUCCUCUUUUUUAUGGGCAAUGAUAAUCACAUCUUCUCCUCGUUUUCAAAUACCACAGGGCCCCCGAUAGCGCUGAUUGUUUCUGUGGCUGGUGGAAACCUGUUGCUUCUGCUGGUGAUCUGCAUUGCAGUUGGUCUGGUCCUGCGGAGAAGACGACAGUUUAAACCGCCUGAUCAAGCUCAAAUGACUAUCGCAAACUCUCGUGAAGAGGCUGAAGACGAGGAGGACGAGGAGGAGAGAGAUUAUGAGAAUAUUGAACAAAUGGACAACACCCGAGGGACUAUAGCAACACAAGGAGCAGAGGAUGAUGCUCUUUCAAAUGAUUAUGAGCCUGUGGACUGUGACGAUGUUUGCCAGGAUGCCGUGGUGGAUUCUGGUACAGAAUAUAGCAAAAGAGAGGAACAUGAAGUUGAGGACGACACCAGCAGUGAUGAAAAUGAUUAUGUAAACUUAGCAGAGUCAUUUGCAGAACAAAGUUUAGAUAUUUAUGGAGGGGAGGAUGUUUAUCAAAACAUUUAGUUUUUGAUUAAUCUUAAUCUGAAUUGGGAUGCAACUCAAAUCUACAUCCUGACCCAGCCACUGUUUUUUGUGUUAAAAUGUUCUUUAUUCUUUAUAGCUUCUUCCAGCACCCAUUAGCACAGCUACAGUUCGUCUUCUCCUUAAACUUUCAAAUAUCCUUAUUUUCAAAUUACGUAUAUCAAUGUAGACCUGAAAUAAAUGUAACUUGUCGAGGAGAAUGAUGGCAUAGAAUACUAAUAAUGUUUGGAGUCUGAGGUCAUCUGCUGGAUGAAUUGAAAAAUGCAAUUAUUAGGUAUCCUUGUUCUUUCUGGAUGAAAAGUUAAGAAACAAGGCAGAAAGGAACGCAAUCUUGAACCAGAUGCACACCUGACCUUAUACCCAGGGGUGGAUUUUGUGUGAAACCAUGUCUUCGUAACUUGACCAAUAAAUUACUUUCCGACAUCAUACAAGUGUUAAUUAUUGAAAAAAGUG